AUGGUGUAUGUGACAAUGAAGCCGACAAAACUAGGGCUAGAGGGGCCCGAGAGGAGAUUGAUUAAGACAACUCUCUCUACCAAAAAUGUUAAGAAUCUUGAGAAAAUGUGUACGAAUUUGAUUUGUGGUGCUAAGGACAGAAGUUUCAGAGUAAAGGGACUUGUAGAAAUGCCAACAAAGGUUCUUAACAUUAUCCCUAGGAAGUCUUCCUGUGGAGAAGGCACAAAUACAUGGGACAAGUUUGAGUUGCAGGUUCACGAGUGUGAAUUGACCUUUUCAGCUCCGAGAUGUUGUCAAGCAAAUCACCACUGA